AUGUCAAUACAUUUUAUAUUAGUCCUUAAUCGUCAAGGCAAAUCACGAUUAGUUAAAUGGUUUGACAAUUCAUAUACACCACAACAAAAACAACAAUAUAUACUGGACAUUCAUCGAUUAAUCAGUAGUCGAGAUUCCAAACAUCAAUCUAAUUUUGUUGAAUUUCAACAAAAUAAAUUAGUAUAUAGACGAUACGCUGGAUUAUAUUUUUUAUGUGGUAUUGAUUUAAUUGAUUCAGAAUUGAGUUAUUUAGAAAGUUUACAUUUUUUCGUGGAAAUUUUGGAUAUUUAUUUUGAUAGUGUUUGUGAAGUUGAUCUUGUAUUUAAUUUCUAUAAAUUAUAUUAUAUAUUAGAUGAAAUUUAUCUUGGUGGAGAAAUACAAGAAUUACUGAAAAAGAAAAUUCUAAAUCGAUUAAGUUAUUUAGAUGGAUUAGAUUGA